GAAAAAAUUCCCGCUCAAGUGAUGCACCAACCGUCCAGGCACGAUUCCAACACCCAACCGUCCAAGCACUAUCUCUAAACGCACGAUCAGAAGACGCCACCAUCUCACCACCAAUUUCAUCUCUCUGUUUCUAUCAAAUUCGUGACCUACGACGAUUUUUAGGUGGGAACAGUUUCACCACAUCAGAACCGCCUAACUUCCCACUAUUUCACUCUCAUCUUUAUCCCCCCCUUCCAUCCCUAUCCAGUCAAAAGGAACGCUAAGCCAUUGCUCUCAUGAGAAGCAGGUGAAGGACGAGGAACUGAUGAGAGCAUCGGAGGAGAACCUACUGGCGUCCAUGAACAAAGAUUCCAUUUUGGGAAAUUGACUACCUUAGACAAUUGCUAGCAUAGGUUUGAUGGCCAAGUGUGAGUAUGGCUAUGUGGGUGCAAAUUCUUCGAACUUUGUUGACAAGAUAGCAACUCUAUUUGAAAAUUGUGAGAGGGAAAUUGGAGAAUUAGUAGCACAUGCAAUGGAGAAAGUAGGCAAGGAUGGUGUCAUUAAUGUUACUGAUGGAAAUAUUAUGGAUAAUGAAUUGAAAGGGGCAGAAGGGAUGAAACUUGCCCGUGGUUAUAUAUCACCCUAUUUUGUUACAAAUGCAAAGACUCGGAAAUGGAAGUCUUCUCAAAAUGAUGUGCAUGAAACUGCUCCCGUUAAGAGAAGAGAAACCAAGGCAUUCAAAAUGGUAAUUUGCAAAUUAUCCCAAUGAGUUCAAACUUGAAACAUAUGAAGAUUUAACCUCUAUUGGAUAGCUAUUGGAUGUUAAUCAUGCUCAUUUUGUUUUGGGUGUUUUAUCCUUUAGAGUAUUCUUUGACAAGGCUUUGAUGCUUAGCUAUCUUUGCAUAACCACUUGCAUUUUAUAUUACCUAAUGUACACUUUUGUACACAUGAUGUUUUAGCUAUCUAAGAGCUUCAUAUAAGCCUUUAUCCUUCCUUGCAGCAGGCUCUACAAGAGUUUAGUAAUGUUCAGGCUAGACAGUAAUGGCCAAUUUGGAAUAUAAGCUAUGCAAGGUUUUUCAACGGUUUUUUUCUGCAAUUGUUUAUUUACACAGGUCAUAUUUCUUGGUCAUAGUUCUACACGGGCUAUUGACUCUAAUAAGUAUACUCUAUAACAAUGAAUGUGGAUCCAUAGAACCAGCUCACCAUGUUUUGUCAUGAAAUACCUUAUCCUUGCCAAACUUUCUAAUGUAUGAGGCCCUUUUUAGUAUUCAUCACAUGAGUGUACUUGCUUUACUGAACAGCAUCUUUGGCUCAAUUAUGGGAGUAUACUCCAUUGGAUUAACUGCUUUUACUGUUGAGAUUU